AUGUGCGUUUCUCUAUCUAGGCUACUUACACUAUGUGUGUUGUUGGGCCUGAUAGUGUCUGCUGAGUCACAGUCCGCGACGUGUAAACAGCUAUCCGAAUCGACCAAGAUCCAACUGCACCAUGGAAUCGAGAUACAGUACACCCAGGAAUUACAGAAUUACUGGUCGACUAGUUGCAGCAAUCUGAAGCCAGGCUGUAUCCUUGUCCCAACGAGCGCUGCAGAGGUUUCAUCUAUCGUCACGGCCCUGCUCAACAACAAAGAACAAUUCGCUGUCAAAUCGGGAGGACAUAACCCGAACGACUACUUUGCAAGCGUGCAAGAUGGCCCUUUAAUAUCGACCAAAAGCCUAAAUGAAGUCGUGUACCACAAGGAGAACAACACGGUUAGCGUUGGCCCUGGAAAUAAAUGGGAAGAUGUCCACGCCGCCCUCGAAGGAACUGGAGUCACUGUUGUCGGGGGCCGCAUCGGGAACGUCGGCGUGGGAGGCUAUCUUCUAGGAGGAGGGCUCAGUUUUCUCAGCACCCAAUACGGCUGGGCAUCAAACAACAUAGUGUCGGCGGAGAUGGUACUGGCGAAUGGAUCGAUAGUAACCGCGUCCAGUACUUCUAACCCGGACCUCCUUGCUGCUAUCAAGGGGGGCGGGAAUGCAUACGGUAUCGUAACCAGAUAUGACUUGCAAGCAUAUGCAAUAGGACAGAUAUGGGGCGGGAACUUGGUAUUUGGUGGCGACAAAACAGACGAGAUACUCGCGGCGAUUCGAAACUUUACCGAGAAUUAUAACGAUCCAAAGGCAGCCAUCAUCGCCACCUCGGAAUUGACUGUGCUGAACAGCGUCAAUAUCUGGAUCUUCUUCUUGUUCUACGACGGACCCCAGCCUCCAUCUGGAGUAUUUGACGAAUUCUUGAACAUCAAACCAACGCUGAAUACUUGUAAGACGAGGUCCUACACAGACUUUCUCAAAGCAAACAACGUCUUCGUCUUGAAAGGUAGUGUGUACACCAUCGCCACAGAGACGACGCCUCUUCCACCAGCCGCAGCGGGUGCAAAAGUGAUGCGAUCUUACUACGAUCACUGGUACAACACGUCGGCUGCGAAACCAGGAGUAGCCGGAAUUAUUGCCUCGAUGGCGUUUCAGCCCAUACCCAAGUCGCUAGCCCGAAUUAGUCGAGAGAAAGGUGGCGAUCUACUCGAUCUUGACGACGGGGUCGACAGGAUCAUCUUCGAGUUUGACUACUCUUAUUUAUUUCAACUUGAUGACGCUGCAGUCGACGAGACAAUGGUCAAAUUAUAUACUGGCAUGAAGUCUCGUGUCGAUGGGUUUGUCCAAGAUGGCACUCUUCCAGACGUCUACAGGCCCCUUUUCAUGAACGAUGGUUACUUCCGACAAGACUACUGGGGAAGAUUGAAGUCAGAGAAGCGAGCGUUGGCGGAAAGAGUCCGGGCAUCCGUUGAUCCGGAUGGGCUAUUCCAGAAAAGGACAGGAGGAUUCAAACUGUAA